ACAAUAGCAGAACAGAAGUUCUCAAAGCUGCUGCCUCUUUCUCCACUUCACAGCACUGAUGAGGUGAGCGGAGCCAAUCAGCUGCUGUCUCUCUACAAGCUCGACCAAUACUUUUCCUUCAAAGAGAUCUACCCUGGGUCAAAGGUCACGCACUUCAAAAAGCUGAAGAAAGACAGUGGGGUGGAGUUCAGGGAGAUGAUGUUCUUUGACGAUGAACCAAGAAACAUUACAGACGUCGGCCGACUAGGUGUGCACUGUGUCCUGGUCUCUGACGGCGUCACAGAGAGGCGAACCAGAGAGGAGCUCCUGUCCCUACUCCCAGAAAAAAACCCUGUCUGAUUCCUGUCCUUACACACGCACACGCACACGUACUCUCUCACACGCACACACACACGCACA